AAUCCGCCUCCAGCCAGAGAAACCCGCAACAACCUCGUCCGAGAACCACCGAGUAGUAGCGUCACACUCAUUUUCGGCCACAGCCUUUCCUGUCACCACCACCCUCAAACACCCGACCGACCCGCGCAAUUGACCUUUUCCGCGACAGCCAACCCAAACAAAAACAAAAAUGUUCCGCACCGCCGCCCUCACUGCCGCCCGCGUGGCCCGUCCCGCCGUCGCCUCCGCCGUCCGCGUUGGUGUUGCCCGUCCUGCUUUUGUCCAGGCCGUCCCCAAGGUCGCUGCCUUCCAGGCUGUCCGGUUCUACAGCGCCGGUGGUCACCUCAAGAAGGAUGAGGUCUUUAGCAGGAUUGCGCAGGUGUUGAGUGGAUUUGACAAGGUCAACGACCCCAAGAACAUCACCGAGACCGCCCACUUCGCCAACGACCUCGGUCUUGACAGCUUGGACACCGUUGAGGUUGUUAUGGCUAUUGAGGAGGAGUUCUCCAUCGAGAUCCCCGACAAGGACGCCGACCAGAUCCACUCGGUCGACAAGGCCGUCGAGUACAUCCUGAGCCAGCCCGAUGCCAACUAAAAAGUCCUCUGUUCCGUUCCUUGUUCGAGCGUUUUAGAAACCCCACUACUUGCGCAAAUAUAAAGCAUACUUUUUCUCCCUACCCAUCUUACCUACCUUACCUUUUCACCUCUAUCCUUAUCCUUAACUAGAUCGAUUCGAAACAUAUCUUUGUCAUUGUUUUGAGAUUCGAUUCGAUCUGUGUACCAUACGAAAACUUAGAACCUGAAUGAAAGAAGAGAUGACGGAUGGAAUGGAGCAUCGUGAUGGGUUCGGGCUAGAUGUGAACCGUGGGCAGGUCUGGGUUGCUGUUGUUGCCGUUGUUGUCUUCAGACGGGUCAACACGGCGACACACGUUGCGAUGUUUGGUGGUCACGUAACUGGUAAUGUGGCAGGCACAAUAUACCUAGCGUUAGUGUCUUAUAUUGUUGCGUCGUGUUUCGUUCAUCGCAAAUAUCCGUACCUA